AUGUCAGUGUCUCCGACGCCCGGCCGGGCGGAGACGUCCCAGAAUUCCAGCCAAGAACAGCACAGCGUCGCAGAUCCAAAGGUCUACCUGGACGACCCGCGCUUCUCCCAGUCGUUCACGAUACCACCCGGACCCAAUCGCAGUGAGCCUCUGACAGUCACAUACAGCGAUUUUGGUUAUCGCAAUCCGGAUCAACCCGAAAGAGAACAUGUUCUUCUAUUCUGCGGUCCGUUGAUGUGCACCCGUUUUCUCCAUGCUGCCAAAGACAAACUCGCAAAAAAAUACCAUGUUCGCAUCAUCCACCCCGACCGGCCAGGAAUUGGCGGCACGACCAAGGCGGACUCCCAAUACCGCCUCGAGACCUGGUUAGAAAUCGUGCCGGCGCUUCUGCGCCAUCUUGACAUUGCGCACGUCUCCAUCGCCUGUCACAGCGCCGGCACCCUCUACGCCCUGCACACACUGCUGCACCUGCGCCAUCUGCUCCAUCCAGAACGUCCCUAUGUCGCCUUUUGCGCGCCCUGGAUCCUCCCCAGCCACUCGGGCGUCCAGACCAUGAAGAUGACCACGGCGCUACCUGCCGCCGUCAUGAGGCAAUUUGACGGCCUUGCCAGAUUCGUCCACUCCACCGUGGGACCCGUUGUCGGGUUCAGCGGAAACCUCUUCCAGAGCGUCUCCUCAUCGGCGGGGUCCGCAAAGCACCCGCCCGUGCCCGGUGCCGACGCCGACAUGGUCGAGUACGAGGACGCCUUGAUGCCGCGCAUCAUUGACCGCGCGUACGCCGAGAGCGUGCAGGGCAUGAGUCAGGAGAUCCCGCUCCUGUUCAAAAAGUGUGGCGCGGGGCCGCGUCCAGAUGCUGACGCUUGGGGUCCUUGGGGAGACUUGGACAAGUACGUCCCAAUGUUGGCGGCCGGAGACAUGGAUGCCGGGUCUGCCUCGUCGUCCAACCAGCAAGGUAGUGUCAAACUGGAGGUGGAUGCCUUCUUUUCCGAGCAGGAUCACAUGAUUGGAACUUCUAGUGGUCCCGAGUGGUUCAGGCAAUGCUGGAAUUCCGAGGGCCGGGGCGACAAAAUCGAAUUCCAUAGCCACGUCGUUGAUAGGGCUGAGCACGAUAACAUACUUGAUUUGAGAUUUGGUGUAGCUGAGAGAAUAUUCCAAAAUAUCUCUGACAUCAAUCAGGUAGGAGAAAAUCGAUAG